AUGCCCAGACAACCAAACUACUAUAGAGUUCUCGGUGUUUCCUCAGAUGCGACGCAGAGGGAAAUUCGCAUCGCCUAUAAACGAGAGUCACUAAAAUCACACCCCGAUCGAGUACCGGCCGACUCGCCUGAACGGCCCGCGCGAACACGCAAAUUCCAGGAGAUCAAUGAUGCCUAUUACACCCUUUCUGAUGAGUCACGGCGGCGACAGUACGACGCAUCGCGGGGCGCUGAAGAUGGUGUAGACGAAGAGGACGAAGUGCCUAGCGGUAACGGAGGGUUUUCAUGGUCAAAUUUCGGGUUCAGCUCAGCGGACCGCGAACAGCAAGCUUCCGAUCAGUUCGGGUCGGUGUUUGAGGAGAUGCUACGCGAAGAAGGACUUGCCAGCGAUGAAGAUGGCGGCACUCGGCCUACCUCACGAUUCUGGUCGGUGGUGGGUGGACUCAGCGGCGGAGCGCUUGGGUUCAUUGUGGCCAACGCUCCCGGUGCACUCGCUGGUGCCGUUGCCGGAAAUCGCCUCGGCGCCGUCCGCGAUGCAAAGGGAAAGAGCGUCUAUGCCGUUUUUCUGGACCUUCCACAGAGCGACCGUGCUCGACUACUGAGUCAACUGGCGGCCAAAGUCUUCCAGACAACCAUGGGGCGUUAG